AGUGCGCAUGCGUGGUGGGAUGGCGGCCGCGGGCUGUUCAGGCUCUGCUCUUGCGCUCGCCGCGGGGGGUGGGGGGGCGAGAGGCGCCACGGACUCCUUCCCGGCGGGUCAGUAGACCGCCACACCGGGCCCCUGCCGCGUGGCUAUGUGCUAUGCUGCGCUGCAGCCCCUUCUCGACCCGAGCCUGGCUGUCUGCCCCCGUGAUUACGCGCAGGGGAGAGGCUGUAUGUGUCCCUGGAGCAGUUACGUCGUUGUGUCUUCCUAGGCCCUGCCGGCUGUAGAGCAGGUGUAUGCGCUCGGUGGCAGCCGGGGCAUGUAACGCUCUAGUAGUGAAUGGGCUCAGCUUCUCCUCAGCGCCCCCUCCCCCCCCCCCCGGGCGCUGCCUGGAUGCCCGUUUGUCUGUGGCCGUGCUGAACCGCCGACGUCUUUUCCCUGCUUUCUAGGCUGCAAGCCCUGGGAGCCCAAACGGCCCCCGAGUCUGCAUUUGCAACUUGUGUAAUUGGCUGUUGAUAUGGCUUAUCCGUUCCCAAUCUGUUUGGUACGAUGGGCUCUGCUGAUAGCUGGCAGCUCCAUUUCCCUGGACUGCCUUUGGCAUAAUUGAUUCACCCUGUAAUUGAGUCUUAAUAGAUUCCAUCGGUAGCUGUUCCAUGUUAUUAAUCCCUGCUGCAGGUCAUGAUUGAUUUAUAGUAGCAGUUCACAACCUUUUUGAACGCAAAGCACCCCUCCAUAACUUUUGUGACUUGAAUAGCAUCUGAGUUUUUUAAAAUGUAAGUUGGAUUACUUCCUUGCGAAGAGGCCAGGCUGUGGGGGUGAGAGGUUGGCUAGUCAGUGACAAGCUUGCACUUAUCUACUUAUCUCUUUACACUUUCAAGCCUUGUGGCACCCUUCAAAGGAUCUGACUACCCUAAGGUACCUUAGUACCCUGGUUGAGAACCAUUGAUUUUUAGUAUAAUUGCUUCAAAGAUAACUGAUUUUACUGUUGAAUGAUAUCAACAGCUGUUGCUUAUCUGCUGCUUUCUUCAGUCUAUGAUUAUAUACUGUACUGGGGAUUUUCCCAGGUGCUACCAUCGGUGGACCUGGUGGCUCUUCUGUGGUCUGAAACCAAGGCUGCUUCCUCAGUGAAAAUAGUAGUUCUGUCAUUUUCAUUAAUAUCAACGGCUUGUGAAUACUGACUGUCAGGCUGAGGGCUGUCUCUUCCUUCUGUUUACUACCAGUAAAUAUAUGGCGUGCUUCCUGUCCUUUAUGCAAGGAGAUGAAAAGACUGAGAUUCAUGAGGGACUCUCACAACAUUUAGGAUGGGCAGCCUACAUUGGGCCAGCUCUACAUUGACUCAGGCUCUCCUCCAUCAGCUUCACUCUACAACAGCAUCUUUCCCUGCCCUUCCUGGAGCACAGCCAGAGAGUAGGGAGAAUGAAAGGCCAUAACAGGAGACUGGGAAAGAACUAAUCUUCAUUGGAGAUAAGAUAGGUCAAAAAGGAAAGCGUUCAGCAAUGCAAGGGCAGGAAAUCAAGGAGGUAAACUCAAACCUAGCACAUCAUAAACAAAUUGCAGUGAAGUGUCGGAGCUUGAGAAGAAACGUCAGCUGCUUAUCUGCUAACAUUAGGAGUCUGGGUAACCAAAGAGGAGGAAUUGGAAAUUCUCAUUAAUAAACAGAAAUGUUUUUAUAAUAGCCUUCCUGGAACAUGGUGGGAUGUUUUGCAUGAUUAGAGUGUUACAAUCACUUGUUGCAUCUGGGUUAGGAAGGGUAAAGGGGAUAUGGCAUGCUACAUAAAAAAAAAAUAAAUAAAAACAAAACACACUUCAAGAAGGAAAUGGAGAGGAUUGAGAGAGUCCAAAGGAGGGCCACGCAUAUGAUUAGAGGUAUGGAGAACUGGCCAUACAAUGAGAGGUUGAGAGUCUUGGGUCUGUUCAGCCUGGAGAAGAGAAGACUCAGAGGGGACUUAGUGGCAGCCUAUAAGUAUAUAAGGGGCCCACGUCAGGAACUGGGAAAACAUCUCUUCACCAGGGCUCAGCCACACUAGGACUAACAGUCAUAAAUUGCUAGAAGAUUGCUUUAGAUUAAAAAUAAGGAAAAACUUCUUUACAACUUGAGUGUCCAGGGUCUGGAAUAGACUCCCCCCGAAGGUGGUAUAAUCACCUACUCUGGGUAUCUUCAAAAAACAUCUGGCCACACACCUUGCUGGGGUCAUCUGACCCCAGCAGUCUUUCCUGCCCAAGUGCAGGGAGGCUGGACAUGAUCUCGAGAGAUUUCUUCUACCCCCUUUCAUCUAUGAAUCUAUAAAUGGCUUUUUAGCAGAGAAAGGCAGUACAAAAACCAAUGACUGGGACCUGAAAUGAGAUCAACUCAGAUUAGAAGGUGCAGAUAUUUUCAACAGUGAAUGUGAUAAACCACUGGAAUGAACUCGCAAGGGGAAGGUAGGUAGUGGUGGUGCAUGUCUUCAUGUUGAGAUUGAGUGCCUUUCUGAAAUAUAUGCAUUAGUCAGACACAAAAUAUAGGAUCAAUGCAGGGGUACGUGGAUGAAAUUUCACUGUUUAUCAUUUACAGUAGCAUUACAUCAGCCAUAAAUUCUCUGACUCUAUGAUCAGAGGUUUGUGCAGCUGCAGCAAACACUGGUGGCAGCAAUUGGCAAAUACAGACGACCAUUAUUUAUUUAUUGCUUAGAUUUAUAUCCUGCCCUAUCCAAAGGGCUCAGCGGAUACUGAGCCCUUUGUUACAGUCAACUGACAAAUAACUCACAGAUAGGAUUCCCCAAACUUGAGACCUUCAAUUUUGCCCUGCCCCCAUACUACCAUUUUCCUGCCUAAACCCUUUUGCCACUAUUUCUAAAAAGCUGGAUGAUGACCUCCCAACUAGCAUCUUCCAUGAGACCAGCCUCCUCUUACAGCAUUUCUUGUUGGGUUUUUUUUAGAGAGGUCCCAGAGUAGAGAUUCCCUGUAAAGCUAGAUUACCCUAAAAAGUUGUUUUGCGCUGACUUACAUUUGUUUUGUCAGGCUUCUCUGCACACCUCUAGGCUCUACACGUGCAAUUAAUGCUAUUUGGCUUUACUACACAGAAGACUAAUCUACUGUGCAGUAAGCGCCUGCAAGUCUAGAUGGUGAUGCUUUAAAGCGUCUUGUGUAGACAUGGCCAUUAUACAGUAAAACCAACUUCAACUGGACUUUUUCCUGGCAGCUCCAGUCCUAUCAUCAAUUAAAGUAACCAGCAAGAAAGUUCACUUUUGAGGCAAAGGGCUUCAGGCAAAGUGACCAUGAGGAGAAUGCAUUUGGGGAGCAAAAUUUUUUUUAAAGGGCUGGCAUACAUGGUGGUGUGAUAGGAGAGAGGAGGGAAAAUAGGAAUGAUGAGGGAUGAGUGUGGUGUUCUUUUCUCAAUGGCAAGCUGGCCCACAACUGGGUCCAAGGUCCUUUCCUCCUUCCUGGCAAUUUCUGCUGUAUGACAAAAAUAUGUAUAAUCUUCAAUCCAGUCUAUAUGAUGGGAGUCAGGAAACAUAUUCUCAGAAUAACUAUUGGAUCUUUAUUAUGCUGAGUUAGGAAUUAGCUCUGGCAGAAAUAAAAAAAUUGGAGUCCUUGACUGUCAGUCUCCAAGGAAAGUUUUGUUGUCUCGUCUUCUGCCAUUCCUUCCAAAUUAUUGUGGAAACAAAUGUUACUGUGAAAAUGCUCAGAGCUUAAAAUACUCCAUCUUGCUGCAUGCACCAGACCCAGCAACACUAAAAACCCACAUCAGGGCUGUUUGACUUCAGGCUUGGGGCCACACACUGCAGGCCACGUGCCAUGGGGGGCUGCAUGAUGCCCAGGCUUCUUGGGACCUCUUCCAUGUAGGCAAUGCAAGGCCCCUCUUGCCAACACAUGGGCAACAUAAGCACCUUCUUCACUGCUGCCAAAGCCCUCCAGUGCUGUGCAAGUAACCUGUCCCUGCCACCCUACUAGCAGUGUGAGCCCCUACUUUGUUGCUGCACAAGCAGCUAGAACCAAUCUACCACUACUGGCAUGCCAACACCUGCUGCUGGUACCAUCCAAGCAGCAUGAGUAUGCCCUACCACCACCAGUGGGCAGUCACCCACCAUGGCCAAUGCAGCAGCAGGAACAAUGGAGAGAGCGGUGGCCAGGCAGGAGCCUGUGGGCCAGAUGUGGUUUUCAGGUCACAAGUUGGACAGCCCUGAUUUACACUGAGGGAGUAUAAAGGAGCCUGCAAACUGCUGGACAGCCAUUUAGCUAUUACAAAUGUAUUGUGAUCCACGCAUCUGUGUUACCUGGGAAAGGCAUGUUUUUCUCUAUAAGAAACAAGUCAUCAUGUGACACCAUUGACUAUUAUGUAACAUGAGAUCACAUACAUGUGGACAGUUACCACAUUAACUUAUCACUCAGAGACUGAAUUAUCUGUGGUAUGGCUGACAAUCAGGGCAAAGCAAUGUUAGUUCAAAAAAUGAACUUGACUUUCCAAAGAACAGAGCAUGUUUUCAAGACCAGUGAAAAUUGCUUUAUAAAUGACCGGAGGGCUGAACCUCAUCUAAUUAUGUACUCCUAGGAUAAAGACAGAUUGCAAGAAUAAACAUGGUACCAGAUCUGUCCGUGAAAAAAGAGACAAUCAUAAUGCAAAGGUAUCCAGAACAGUGAUGUGGUGUCACUUUGAAAGCAAUCAUUUUGAGGGAAAAAAUGUCAUUUUCAGUUACUGACGAAGUAUUUAAUUAAAAAAUCCUACUGUAUUCAAACAAUGCUUAGCAUUGUUAAACUAUCACAAUGGCUUCACUAGAAUCCCCAGUUCAGGGACUCAUGAGAAAGAAUUCAAAUAUCUAACAGCUUCUUGAUGCAAAACAGUUAGUUUUGAAACAGUGACAGAAGAGCUAGAAAAAUAAAACAAGCAGAAUGGUAAAAUGUCAAACUGCUUCUCACAUUGCAAUAGGAGCAAAUAUCAUGUUCCAAAAAGAAAGCAAGUUAAGUCCCAAAGGAGGCAAAGCAACAUCUGUUAUUUAAAUGUCAUCCAGGAUGCUGCUGGCUGGACAAAAACAACACACCUUCAUCCUAUUGCUGAGAAUGAGAAACAUCAGAAGCAGCAAAUCCAGAUGCCAAAGUGCAGCUCUACCUCAGUAGCUGAACUGGCCACAGCAAAAGGAAGUUAGUAUAAAAAUUAGUAACAAGAACAAAAAUAUCCAAGAUCAGUAUUGCCAACCCAAGGAUUUUUUUUUUGUACUGACAAAUGUUUUACACAAUGUAAAUGUAACCCUUUUGCCAGGCCCUGCAUGCUAGUAAGAGAGGAUGGAUUCAUACAUUUUUAAUAGCAACUUUCUAAAUCUGACUUGAGGCCCCAUCCAGAAACCUAGGAAAAUGAAUUUUUUUCCUCCUCCAUCCCUGUCUUGCCUAGUGCCUGAGACUACCAAGGGUUGAGCAGCCCUGCCUACUUCGGAAGUGAGCAGCCAUUACGGGCAGGCAAUGGUGGUAGGGUACAGUGGCAGCAUAUGGAUGGUGGGGGGAGGUAUGUAGGGCACUUGUCCAUGUUGCGCUUUUCUUGUGUCCAUGUGACAAAAAUCAUCAUUAAGCUAGCUAAAUCGCAUCUGCAGAUCCAUGUUGUCAGCUGAUUUUAUCACUUUAGGGUUUUUUAUCAUGAUCAUUUAAAUCACCUCCAAUGUUUUAUUUUUAGCUCCUGAAUUUCUUCCACAACAGUCUUUAUAUUGUAUUAAUUUUUCAACAUGUAUCUGACUUAUGGCCGAAAAUGGGAUUUUCCCUGCUUUCCAACAAUUUCACCACCAGGUGACAGUUGGGUUCACUCUUAAAUCCAUGAAAAUCCAUGGAAUUUCUCUUGCAAUGAUUCAACAAGACACCAGAUGCUAAUCUGGCACAUUUUUAUUGAUUAUUUCAGAUUGUAAUGAAAAAUACAAUUUAAAAAAAUAAAGUUCCCCGUUUUCUCAUGCAUUUUACUUCUGGCUGGCCUUUUUCCCGCUGCUGCUUUCCCCCCUGCCGCUUAUCAGAGCCAGCCAGCCCUGCAACUUUUUAUCCUGCUCCUGCCAAGAAUUUCAGGGAAAUUAGGGGAAAAUAUCCUGCUCCUGCCAAGAAAUUAGGGGAGGCUCCCAAUGGCCACGAAGUCCUGAUGAAGCGCUCCCUGCAGAAUGCCAACCGGUACUUCUGAUCAGAUACAAGGUAGCAGUGCUCUGCUACAUCUGUCCAUCAGCAUUCAUAUCCAGCCUCCUUCUGACAAAGGAUCUUCAAUCAAGUUCAUGAUUUCUUAGUUUUUUAUAGACAGUUUAAUUAUUUUUAUGGACAAGCAUUUUAAGUGUUUGUAAAUGUACAAGUAGUUGUCAACCCUGUUCAAGAUUCAGAAAUAAUUAGUCCCAAUUUGGGUUGUGGUUUGUGGGGUGGCGGUAGGUGUUUUUUUUUAAAUCAGGGGGUUGGACUAGAUGACCUGAGGUCCCUUCCAGCUCUAAUUUUCUAUGAAGUGUCCUGGAAUUAAAUGAAACCCAAGGGCGUAGAGGUAGAAGAUUCUCUGUGGAAAUCCCAUUGUUCUUGAGCCAGCCUUUUCCCCAGCUUAUGGCAAGAUGGAAAUUAAUAAAAUUAAUAUCUGAAUGACUCCACUUCCUGUUCCUGAACCUUGCCAGGUCAGGCCACUUCCCUUGGUUACAACGCUUUUCAAGGCUCUUUGUGUCAAGCCAGUAAUUCUGAAAUGCAGAUUCAAAUUAUUAGACUAAUUGCUGGUUGGAUAAUGUGAGGCCCCUGGCUGUAGUAGCAAAAGCACAAGUUUUUAUAAUACCCUCUGACUGCUAGGGCCCUGCAGUCCAACCCCAAGAUGCUCCUUGAGUUUCUCUCAGGUAGGGGGUUUUAUCAUUGUACCAUUACUAAUACCCACUACAAAUUUCUCUGCAGAGAAUAACUUGACUAGUUAUGUUCAGCUAACUUUGUAAAAAGAGGUUACAUUUUGGAAUGGCAGGGAGCUGAGGGUUUUCUCCUCCAAAACCGUGACCUUGUCUUCCCUUUCAGUUGAAGGACCUGGAACAAGGAAUGGAAAAUACACUUUGUCCAUUUCAAAUCUAACAGCAAAUGCCUGUAUCCAUUUAUUUUUGGUAUCAGGACAUCUAACUAAGGUGAUUUUCAGGAUGAGAUAUGACUGUGCUCACUUUGCUCAGAUAAACUUCAAGGAAUAAAGAGUUUUUAAUACACAGCAUAACAAGACAGAAUGGCUGCUUCUCAAACACAGGCCUGAACCUGGACUGCCCCAAUCCAUUGGAUGAUCUCCUGCCAGGACUUUGAUUGCUUCAAGGCCCUGUGAAGCUGAAAAUUGAUAACUUUCAUUAUUUCUCCCAAUGUUUCCCUUCCGGACUUUCUGAUAGCAACUAUGGGGAAGGUUUUCAUUUCUUAUCGGAGCUAUUAAUAAGAUAAGAAAGGCUCUGCCAUAAUGGUAUAUAAGGAGCAGCACACAAGUCAGUGCACUCACUCCUUGCUUUACCAGUGGGUUGGACAGGAAGACGCAUCAUGAAGUGGCUUCUACUCCUGAGCUUGGUGGCGCUGUCCCAAUGCCUGGUGACAAAGGUCCCCCUGAGGAAAGGGAAAUCCAUGAGGCAGAGUCUUAAGGAACAUGGCAAGCUUCAAGAUUAUCUGAAGAAUCAUCCACGCAACCUGGGCUCCAAGUAUUUUCCCAACAUCAUCAGUGAGGAUGCCACUGAGCCCAUGACAAACUACAUGGAUAUGGAGUAUUAUGGGACCAUCUCUAUUGGCACCCCAGCCCAGCAGUUCACCGUCCUCUUUGACACUGGCUCCUCCAACCUGUGGGUGCCCUCUGUGUACUGCUCCAGCCCGGCCUGCAGCAAUCACAAUCAAUUCAACCCACAGGAUUCCUCUACAUACCAGGCCACCAGCCAAAGCAUCUCCAUCCAGUAUGGCACUGGCAGCAUGACUGGUUUCCUGGCCUAUGACACUGUUGAGGUCGGAAGCAUUCAGGUGGUCAACCAGAUCUUCGGUGUGAGCGAGACUGAGCCCGGCACCUUCCUUGAAUAUGCACCCUUUGAUGGGAUCCUGGGUCUAGCCUUCCCCAGCAUUUCUUCCUCUGGAGCCACCCCCGUCUUUGACAACGUGAUGAGCCAAAACUUGGUGUCCCAGGACCUCUUCUCUGUCUACCUGAGCUCUAAUGAUGAGGAAGGGAGCUUUGUCAUGUUCGGAGGCAUCGACCAAUCUUACUACUCUGGGAGCCUGAACUGGAUUCCUCUGUCUGCUGAAACCUAUUGGCAAAUCACUGUGGACAGCAUCACCAUGGGCGGCCAGGCCGUCGCUUGUACCUCUGGCUGCCAGGCUAUUAUUGACACUGGCACCUCUCUGCUGGCUGGGCCCCCUAGUGCCAUUUCUAACAUCCAGAGCACCAUCGGUGCCACCCAGGACUCCAAUGGCCAGUACGUCAUUAGCUGCAGUGCCAUUGACAGCCUGCCCAGCAUCAUCUUCACCAUCAAUGGCAUUGAGCUCUCUGUGCCUGCCAGUGCCUACAUCAUUGAGUCACAAGGCAGUUGCGCAAGUGGCUUUGAAGGUAUUGACAUCCCCACCAAUUCUGGAGAGCUCUGGAUCCUUGGCGAUGUCUUCAUCCGCCUGUACUACGCUGUCUUCGACAGAGCUAACAACCAGAUAGGCUUGGCUCCCAUAGCCUGAGCACACAAUUCUUUCCUUUGGAAAAGUGCCAGAGUAUUGACCCUGUACAGUUUCCACUUCUCUGGAGCCUCAACACAGUCUAUCAGUCAGGCUAUCCCGCACCUUAUUGCUAGUUCAAUGUCUCCAAGCUUUUCUACACCCCUGACUCACCCUUUCCUCCUGUAACAAUGACAGCAACAGAAUAAAGCAGUAUAAAAUCA